GCAGAGAUGUGAGGCUGAGCGGGCUGAGAGAAGUUGGUGCGGGGAGGAGAGAGAAAAGCAGACGUGUCCAGAUCAUUCCGCGGUAGGUGGUGCUAAACUCAUUCACAUUUGGUCGUUACCUCAGCGGGGGGACGGGAUGAUUUUAAUCAAGCUGGACGACGAUUCACCGUCGCCCACAGCGAGUCUCCGCACAGCUCGGGGAGAUUUCGGAGGGGCGAGAGGAGCGGAAGCCUCUCAGAAAGACUCUGACACUGCUGAGGGAAGAUGUAGCUUAGCUUAAACAGCCGCCUGAAGACCUGAAAACAAACAACAACAACAAAAAGAGAGACAUGAAGAGGCUCUCUCGGAAGCUCACUUUGGCUCUGGCUGCGCUCUUCUGGCUGGCGGCUCUGCUGUAUUUCAUCCUCCUGAACAGCCGGAAAAUACCUGACCAAAGACGAGAGCCGCCAAAGGAGAAAGAGAUUUCAGACACCGAAUGGGAUGAUCUCCUGGAAGAGUUUGAAGAAAAGAACUACCUCAGUGCUCACAGAUGGAAGCCGGGCCAAGAUCCCUAUAGCCUGUACGCCUUCAAUCAGAGAGAGAGUGAGCGGAUCCCCAGCAACAGAGCACUCAGAGACACUCGACAUUACAGGUGUACGACACUGCACUAUGACACCGAGCUGCCAUCUACCAGCAUCGUGAUCACGUUCCACAACGAGGCACGUUCCACUCUGCUGCGCACAGUUAGGAGUGUUCUCAACCGGACACCCGUGCAUCUGAUUCAUGAGAUCAUCCUGGUAGAUGACUUCAGUGAAGACCCAAACGACUGCCUUCUUCUCACCAAGUUGCCCAAAGUAAAGUGUCUUCGCAAUAACCGAAGAGAAGGGUUGAUCAGGUCCAGGGUCCGUGGGGCCGAUGCUGCUGGAGCGGGAGUCCUGACCUUUCUGGAUAGCCACUGUGAGGUCAACAAGGACUGGCUGCCUCCGCUGCUUCAGAGGAUCAAAGAGGACCCAAGCUGCGUCGCCAGCCCAGUGAUUGACAUCAUCAACAUGGACUCGUUCGCCUACGUCGCUGCUUCCUCAGACCUGCGGGGCGGCUUUGACUGGAGUCUUCAUUUCAAGUGGGAGCAACUAUCUGCAGAGAAGAGAGCCAAGAGAGCCGACCCCACGGAACCCAUUAAGACACCCAUUAUUGCUGGGGGGCUCUUUGUGAUCGACAAGUCGUGGUUUAACCAUCUGGGAAAGUAUGACACAGCCAUGGACAUCUGGGGAGGAGAGAACUUCGAGAUCUCAUUCAGAGUGUGGAUGUGUGGUGGAAGUCUGGAGAUCAUCCCGUGCAGCAGAGUCGGCCACGUCUUCCGCAAGAAACACCCCUACAUCUUCCCAGAGGGCAAUGCCAACACUUACAUCAAAAACACCAGGCGCACUGCUGAAGUGUGGAUGGAUGAGUUCAAACUCUUCUACUACUCAGCACGGCCGGCAGCCAGGGGCAAGUCCUACGGAGACAUUCGCGGCAGGCAAGAACUGCGGAAGAGUCUCAAGUGCAAAUCCUUCAAGUGGUAUCUGGACAACGUCUAUCCGGAGCUCAAAGUUCCAGAUGAUUCAGACGCGAAGGCUGGAGUGAUACGGCAGAGGCAGAACUGUCUGGAGGCUCGCCGGGCAGAAGGGCAGGACCUGCCAGUGCUUGCUUUGGCCCCAUGCAUUGGCACCAAGGACGUUCCAGCACUCAACCAGGAGUGGAUCUACACGCACGGGCAGCAGAUUCGACAGCAGCAGCACUGCCUGUCCGUUUCCACCACCUUCCCAGCCUCGCAGAUCCUGCUCAUGCCCUGCAACAUCAGCGACGGCAAACAGCGCUGGCAGAAAUCCGGCACCCACCUGGAACACCAGGCUUCACGCUUCUGCUUGGACAGCGAAAUGGCUCUGGACGGCCUGGAGAGCAGUAGGAUGCUGGUGAUCAGCCCAUGCGAGCCGUCAGCCCACACGCAGAGAUGGGAGAUGCCUUUCUCAUGAUCCUACCCCAGCCAGGCCUCCCCCGCCCAGUGAGACAGAGGGAGAAGACCGAGGGAAAGGCUCCAGUGUGCACCUCCGGGGAGACUACACCAAACACCCUGCUGACCUGCUCCACUCACUCUGUGUCUGUAGCUCACAUGAGGAUCCCUGGAGUGUCAAUCACACUGAUGCUGUGCAGAACAGGAUUGGGCAGCUGGCCACACGUACGCAAGUCUGCCAGACACGCACAAACCUGAGCGAGGCCCUUAAAGUAACACUGGAGAUCUACGCACAAAGAACUUUUUUACCCUGAAUUCACCCCAAAGCAAAGCACUUGUGUAAUAGAUCAGCUCGCACAUCACAUCAAUAAAUGGCCUAUUUUUCUUAAAGACA